GAAUAUGGGAGCCAUGGGAAUUCGGAAAGUAGUUGAGUUGGCACUUGGUUUCUGAACAGAGCUGUUCCUGGACAGAAAUCCAGUCCAGUCUGGGUUUCCCCACCAGAAUAAACUUGUUGGAUUUCACGUGUUGGGUACUGGGAAGAGACCUGCUUGCGGAACUGGAGAGAGGAUGACCUGCUGGUUGGGAUCUUGGGAACCUUCUAUUUGUUUACAGAUAAGAAGAGGCCACUUGCUGGUCACUGCAUAUGCACAAUUGUAAUAACUUUAUAUUCCUGUUCCAUUCAGGUCUCUUCAAAGCCAUGUCUCACCGCAGGCGUAGUAGCAAAGGACCUGGCCCUUCGCAGGCACAGGAUAUGGAUGUUGAUGAAGAAUUCACUUUGGGUCCGACUCAGACGCUCAGUCAGGCGCAACGCAGUUUGGAACAACACUCCCCCUGUCAAGUGGAACAAAAAGUAAAUGAGCUGGUGCAAUUUCUUCUGAUCAAAGAUCAGAAAAAAAUCCCUAUUAAACGGACAGAUAUUCUGAAAUACAUCAUCAAAGACUACAAAGAUCUCUUUCCCGAGAUCCUCAGACGCGCCAACCAGACCCUUCAACAGGUAUUUGGGCUGGAACUAGUGGAAAUUGACCCCAAGUACCACACCUACAUCCUGAUCAGUAAAUUUACUCCUUUGGAAGAGGAUAUCAUGAAUGAUGAUGAGAACACUCCCAAGAUGGGCCUCCUCAUAGUAAUACUUAGCCUUAUCUUCAUGAAAGGCAACGUGAUCAAAGAAUCUGCUGUUUGGGAGGUGCUGAGGAGAUUACGUAUUGACUGCUCUGGUGGAAAACACGAAGUCUUUGGUGAUGUGAAAAAGCUAGUGACGGAGGAAUUUGUCAGGCAAAAAUAUCUGGAAUAUAGAUGUCUCCCACACACAGAUCCUCCUGAGUCUGAGUUCAGGUGGGGACCACGAGCUUUUAAAGAGACUUCCAAGAAGCAGAUCCUGCAGUUUGUUGCUAAGAUACAAAAUCAGAAUCCCAAAUCUUGGAUGAGCCAGUACAAUGAAGCUGAAGCAGAAGCUAAUGCUGUGGGAAGGCCAUAAACAUUAUGGUGUUGGAUUAUAAGGAACUGCCAAAACCCCGUCCCCUGGAGCUGGGGACAACCACUGCCUGCUUUCUGUUACUAUUACUGGAAGUAAUACAGGAGCUCCACUUCAUAUAAAGUGCUCCGUGCUUAAUAGGUUCCCUGUUGGUGAAGGAAAGAUUCCAGAACAGAUUGAGGCAUUUAACUGCCCAUGCAGACAAGAUUCCUCCCUAAGACUAUAUGAUUAUUCAGCCAUUAGUUCUGUUAUUUUCUGAACCAGAUAUGUUGAUUUUAUUACUGGAAAUAAAAAUAUUUUCUAAUUCUC